GCCGCCGCCGCCGCCGGCGCCCAGGGGGCCGCCGCGGCUGUGAGGUGGGGGCGGCCGCGGGAGGCGGCUGGGCGGGCCGCCGGGGCCGGGGCUGGGGGCGCAGCGCGGCCGGCGUAGGUCUAUGUCGCGGGCGGCGGCGGCGGCGGCGGCCGCGGAGGGACGAUGCGCGAGUACAAAGUGGUGGUGCUGGGCUCGGGCGGGGUAGGCAAAUCCGCCCUGACCGUGCAGUUCGUGACCGGUACCUUCAUCGAGAAAUACGACCCCACCAUCGAGGACUUCUACCGCAAGGAGAUCGAGGUGGAUUCGUCGCCGUCGGUGCUGGAAAUCCUGGACACGGCGGGCACCGAGCAGUUCGCGUCCAUGCGGGACCUGUACAUCAAGAACGGCCAGGGCUUCAUCCUCGUCUACAGCCUCGUCAACCAGCAGAGCUUCCAGGACAUCAAGCCCAUGCGGGACCAGAUCAUCCGCGUGAAGCGGUAUGAGAAAGUGCCAGUCAUCUUGGUCGGGAACAAAGUGGACCUGGAAAGUGAGAGAGAAGUAUCGUCCAAUGAAGGCAGAGCACUUGCUGAAGAGUGGGGCUGCCCCUUUAUGGAAACUUCCGCUAAGAGUAAAACAAUGGUGGACGAACUCUUUGCAGAAAUUGUGAGGCAGAUGAACUAUGCUGCUCAGCCUGACAAAGAUGACCCAUGCUGUUCUGCAUGUAACAUACAAUAGCAUCCAAAUAUGGCUGUCCUGGAUGGGAUUUGCCCAAUGUCGUAGGUGAUAGAAAACUCGCCUACUCCACUGCAGAACUUGCAGGAUGCGUGGUGUUAAUCUACAGAGAACUGCAGCCCUUAUUCAGAAUUGAGCAGUGGUUGUCAGUUGAUAUCUCUGAGUAACAUUUGGGUUCAGUAACUACAGUUUUCACCAUUUGUCCUCAGUCUCCUUUAUGCAUCUGCAACUUUAAGGCAUAGUCCAUCGAUCUACAGGGUGAUCUCAUUUGAAAGCUAUGAUGGCAUUGUCGCUGAGUUGACAGAAGCAACUAUUGUAUAAAUUAAAAAUAACCAUAAGGGAGAAACCAGAAGAAUUCCUAUGACCACUUACAAUUAAAAUAUUUUGUCUUCUUUAAAAAAAUAAGUAAAGGAGAAAUAUUUUCCUACAAGAGUACUGAAUUUCAGGAAUUGGGAUAGAGCUUCUAACCAAUGUAUUUCGUCAAGUAAGAUAAUAACAGCUGACCUGCCAACAGCAUUACAGGGAGAGAUUCUUUGCUCAGCUAACACAUUUCUGUUUUUCAAAAUUGAUGCUUAAUUGUAGCUGUUACUCUAAUUUGUGACAUGGAACUAACUCAUGCUUCAAUCCUUGAUAGAGCAAAAGUCAGAACAGGUUAUAUAAAAAUAGUCUGGCUUUAGAAUUUGUUAAAUCACCUGCUUUGCCACAGAAAAUGGAGGCUUUCACAAGGGUUUGAUCAGAAUUAAAACCCCGACCCCGCCCUCUGUUAACUGAGCAGGGGUGGUCUUUGUAACUUUACUGAACAAGAGGGAAGCAACUGUGAUGGGAAGAGAUUACCUAGCCUUACUAACAAGAAGCAUUCUAAUAGAUAAACUAGUACCAUCAUGUAAGGAAAAUGAAGCCAUGUUGCAUCCACAUGUUCCUGUUUGCAGAAACCUCACAGGACAGUACGAAUAUCUGGCAUUUUUAAGUUCAUUAAAGCAGCAAAUUCCUUCUCGCCUUUAAGGGCUAUGGUUGUAGUGUAACCUGUGGCUAACCUGCUUUCAAAAUCAAGUUUGCUGUAGCAGAGCUUUAUUGCAGGCAUUUUAAAAAUUGAAUAACCAUGUGAAAUAAUUUGGGCUUAAAAGUGAACAUAAAUUAUAGAGUGGAAGGUAAGGGACAAAAGCCUUUUAUCUUUAAUUUUCCUGGAGAAUUAUAUAAAGGUUUUCUUAGAACAAUUUUGCCCUGAUUACUGAAGUGUCAAAUAAAGCUGGAGUGAAUAUUUUGUUUUGAAAAGGUGCUCAAGCUCUGACAUUUUUGGUUUUCAUAGCCGUGAAGUAUUUAUCAUUUGCAUGACUAAUGGCACAGGAAAAACCUAUUCAUAAGUUUUACAAUCAAGUAUACAGGGAUCUUCAGCUAACUUCAGUUACAAAUGCUGAAAAGAUUAUCUUGAGCUGGGCCUUGGGAGAAGAAUUUGGCCUUCAGAACUGCAAUAUCACUGAGCCUGCGAUCUAUACACCACCCCACAUUUUGUUGGUUUCACAGUGUUGUGCAAGUAACCUCUGGUCUUACGUGUGUCACUGAGAGAAGAGUGUGUGUUUGUGUGUGCAUGUGUGUUUAUUGUUCUGAAGAAUUUGGCACAAGUCAGAGAUAAUUUGCCUAUACUAAGAAUCUAUACUGCAGAAUAUAGUGUAUCAAAAACUUUUUUCUUUUAAAUUAUUAAAGUGUCUUUUAUACUUUUAUGAAAUCAUUGGUAGCCCCCCAAAUGUUUAAUAACUGGCAUUAAACUUAGAGGAUGAAAAAAAAAAAAAGGUUGAUAGUAUUUUUCAUAAUGAAAAAGCUGAAGAGAUAGGUGAAUGAAACCAGGCCAUAGUUGUCAAAAAUCUUUGAAUUUUGAAUAUUUACAUUCUUCAGUAUAAUUUUUUAUAAUCCUCAGUUAUGAAGCACCUUGUUUAUAGGAAAAAAUUUUUAACCAAUUUUAUUGAAACGCAUUUCACUGCAUAAAAGUUGGUUUGAUUCAAACAUGUAGAGAAAUUGGAGAUUCAAGAUAUAUGAUUUCUCUACUGAAAUAAAAAUACUUGUUAGUGAAUUGGUUGAGUUUUGAUUCCUCUAACUUCUCAGAAUGAUUCUUUUGAAUUCUAUAACUAAUAGCAAUGUUUGACAAAUAAAAUUGCAAAAUAGAAAUAUCUAUAAAGAUCCCACAGUUUGACAUUAUGACUUGCUAUGCAGAUGUGAAAAUAGGUUAAAUAAUAUGAAAGAUAUGGCAGAAUGUAAAGUGGAAAAAAUGAUCUAAAAUUUUGAAUUGUAUUAAUAGUUAAAAACAUUUGUGUCAGAUGACAAGGUGGGCUUUUACUGUCAAGACAUGAAUAAUAACUGAUCUGGCUGCCUGAUCAGUGUUUCCACGCAGCCCUGCAUAUUUGGUGACCAAGGCAUCAAGGACAUCCCGAAACUGGAAAUUCCUAUCCAUCUGGUGUGAAUAUAACUCAGUUGGCAAAUGAAUGUGUUUGUUGAGAUAUUACAGUAAUAAAAUGCUUAAGAACAGGAAGAUUACAUUUGUUGGCAUAUGAAACCUUAGUGGCUACAGAAGAAAGUUGACCUUGUGUCACGAUUUAUUUUAUGCCCUGAUCAGACUAGCAACUUAGAUAAGUGAAAGUUUUUCUCACAUGCCUUAAAAAUAUUAUGGUUUGAUCCAAAGACCCACUUUUUCUUUAGCUCUUGUGAUAAGAUUUUCUUUUUUUUACUUUUAUACAAAGGCAGCAUCUUUGAAUUUUUUUUCUUUUGAUGUUGCAACUUUUGGGUUCUUUUAAACUGUGAUAGUGAUGGUAACUGAUGCCUUUCAUUUUGUUCAACUUAAACAAAACAAGCCAGCAUCUGAUCAAAAGUAUUACAUCAAAUCUUUUCUUAAACUAUCGAAAGGUGCUUUGAUGAUUUUCUCCUUUGGUUUGUAGAAUUAGGACUGAACUUUUGACUCGAAUUGCUACAGUUGCCAUCACUUUUCUGUGGUAAUACUACUGAUAUUUGCUUUUCUAUAUAAAGAAAUGUUGCCUAAGACUGUCUGGUAUUUGUUUUCAAGGGUUUUCCAGUAUGAAUGUUAAUGUUGUCAGUGUAUGUAUGAAUAUGAAAGUGCUUUGUUUUGUUUGUUGCUGUUUUUUGCUUGUGUGUUUUUUAAAUUUUUUGUUCUUAUCAGUAGUCUUGUGUUAGCACUGGGUAAGCUUUAAUUGUCCCUUAGCCAAUCAAACAUUAAGGACUAUGGGGUUCUUUUUUUUUAUUUAACAUGUCAUUGUGCAUCUAUUAAAUCUUGAUCAGGGUUUCAAGAAUGACUGCAGUGGGUUUUGGAAACAGACUUAUCAUUAUUGAUUUGAGGUUUCCCAGAGAUAUAGUUCACAGUUAAGUGUUGCGCUCUAAUACAACUGACCAUUUAAAAUUGAACAACAGUUUAUUGUUUUGUAACAAUGUCAGUUGUUAAACCUUGACAUUUCAAUUAAAACAUGAAUUGUAGUUAUAACUCAAUGCAAAUUCAACAGUUGUAUUUGGAGUUAAAUUAUUUUAACAAAUAAAUUUAUUUAAUGAAACUCUGGAUUUGCUUUGUUUUGUACAUGCUCAUGAGAGAAAUGUAUUAUAUACAAAAACAACUAAAAAGUGCCAUAUAAUGAAUUUAGUACUCCUCAUGCAAAAAUAUUUUAGCUGAUUUAAAUUGAGAGUUCAUCAUAUAAAAAGGCAGGUAGGUAGAUACUUCUCAUAGUCUUUAAAAAUAAAAAUAACAUGGAAAAGAUUGUAAAAUCAGUUAUUAUAAAUAUAAACUUAUCUCUACAAAUGGUAUUUUAUAUUUUGAAUGAUAGCUGGCUAAUUUGAAGCCUGAUGCUAAGGUUAACAGAAUUGUUCUAAAUAAUUAAUAUGAAUUAGCAAUAUCACUAAAAUGAUUCUGUGUCCUUCUA